AUGUCUACUCUCACACAGAACGACAUCGAGAUUGCAACGCGGGCAGCUGACCACUUCACGCGUUUGUACUACAGUACAUACGACUCGCCAACCCGCGUGGACGAUCUGCCCAACUUCUACCGUCCAUCGUCGGCGCUGACAUGGAAUGGAAAACCAUAUCAAGGGACCGAAGGAGUCCGAAAUCUCAUCAGCUCCAUGCCAGUUACGAGACACGAAGUGCAGUGUUUUGACUGGAGUCAACCACCGAAUCUUCUUAUCACUGUGUCCGGUACCGUCACCCACGGCCGUGGCCCAUCCGGAAACCCGCCUGCCACAUCCAAUAAAUCUAUCGAUGGACAACCGCGUGUCUUUUCGCAGACAUUUGUGCUCGUUCCGGACCCGAGUGCGGCGCCAUCAACUAAGGGUGGAGAGGUUGCGAAGUACUAUGUGAACGCCGAUGCUAUGCGGUUUGUGGGUUAG